AUGGCUCGUACCAGGGCUUUAUUCUUAGCUACCGCGAUAUUGCACUCUCUCUUACCUGCAUUGACCACGGCUGGCCUGGUCGUGCAAGAUGAAGAGAAUCAUAAUAUAUCCCAUCUCAAAAAUACUGGACGCCAGGUAUCCAAAGCCCUCUUCGAGGAGCUUGAGGAACUCGCGAAAAUCGUUGACAUAGCGUACUGUGUUGGAAAUUGGGGGAUAACUGAACCAUUUAGCUGCCCUGGGCUGUGUGAGCAGUUUCCCGACUUUGAGCUAGUGAAGACCUGGAAUACGGGCCCUCUGCUUUCUGAUUCCUGUGGCUAUAUAGCCCUAUCACACCCUCCGUCGCCAAAAAAAAGGGUUAUAGUUUCAUUCCGGGGAACGUACUCUAUCGUAAACGUGAUAGCAGAUCUCUCCGUCGCACCCCAGGUUUACAUACCUUAUCCGAACGGAACUGAUCCAUCUAAGGCAAAAUGUGAUGACUGCAUGGCACACGGAGGCUUCAUACGUUCAUGGGAAAAUACGCGUCCAGAGAUAAUACCCGAGCUGCUGGAGAUUAUAGAGAAGUACCCGGAUUACCAGCUGGUUGUCACGGGCCAUUCACUCGGUGGCGCCGUAGCCGCCUUGGGAAGUCUUGAGUUCAAACUGCGAGGCUGGAACCCUCAUGUAACAACCUUUGGAGAGCCGCGGAUAGGAAACCAGGCACUUGCAGAUUAUUUUGAUAAGACAUUUGGUCUUAACUCGACGGCUCCCGUGGCCGGAGACACCGAAUCCGAUCUUCAUCUCCCAUACCGCCGUAUAACCCAUACCAAGGACCCUGUCCCGCUCCUUCCGCCACCUAGCUUGGACUAUCGAAUGCAUUCUGGUGAGAUCUUUAUCACCAAGGUUGACGUCCCACCAUCCGUCACGGAUCUACGCGUUUGCUACGGGCCGGCAGACCCAACUUGCAUUAGCCAACAGGAGGAAGCGUAUGUUCGUAAACUUCAGAAUGCGCUGCCAUUGCCAUUGGAUUUGCUCGAUGGUGAUCAGAACCCGAUUGGCUCAGAUGAUUUAGACUCUGAGGUUGAAGCACAAGCGAUUAAGCCCUGGGAGCUCUUCUUUGCGCAUCGGGAUUACUUCCAUAGAGUCGGAAUAUGUUUCCCCAACCUCUUCGGCUCGCCGGAUGACAGUGAGAAGAAAUCACCAUGGUGGAAAUUCAAAUGGUUGCUUCCUGGUCAUGACAAUGCUUAA